GAUUCGUAGACGGGCUCGGUGUCUGCGAGGUUCUGGAUGUAUCGGGCGGCCUCUUGAGCGGACGGCACUACUGAAAUAACGGUUACAAGUUGCGGUUGGGAACACUUGGACUUACAUCCUGGGGAGCCGCUGGCCAUUGAUCGAGAUAAACGGUAAAUUUGGUGAGUGUGAGUCCAGUCAGAGUGACGCUGUCACUAGUGCGACAUGUCAGGAGACAAAAACGCGGAUUUUUGCGACAAGGAAGGGGUGCUGAAAGGAUGGACGACGUGGGAGAAGGAAUGGGAGAAGGUUCAAGGGCGGAUUGGGCAGAAAUUGGACCGGAAGCCGGGGGAUCUCGUCAUGAAUUAUGCGGAGGGGAUUCGGCAAGUGGUGGAGGAGAAGGAGGUUUUGGAGUAUGUGAAGAUACCUACCGAGUUUGAUAAGUAUCGGGGGAAGCCCGACUUCUUCGAGCUUCCAGAGGCUUUGCCUAAACGGUGGAUGGAGUGUUGUGCGAAGGAGGAAGCGAGGUGUCAGUGUUAUUGUGGAAGGAAGGUGAAGAAAGUCAAGUGUUGCUGCUACAGCAAUGAGCCGACGUAUUUCUUUGUGAAAAGCAAACCGGAACAGUUUGUUGUUCCGGAAGUCCGGUUGGUGGGAACACCAGACGCGGUUCGGGAUGGGAAGAACAUUUUGAAUGGAAGCAGGAACAUCUACAAGAAGUGGCAACAGGGCAAAUACCGUCAACAACAAAUGCACAAAUGGUCCCACCAAAUCAAAAACAUCGUACCCCACUGGCCAAACAUGGAACACCUAGCAGUCGUGGGCACGAAAAUCAGCGAACCCCAAGAACCCGACCAAAAAGAACCAGAAAAGGCGGCAUCCGUUGAAGACCGAUUAAAAAUCCAGAGUUCAUCUUCCGGUUUAUUCCACCAGUACAAAUUAAGCCUGGACAUAAACGGGAUCCCGAUGGAGUUCUGCGAACAUGAAGGCAUCAAGAAAUUCCGACUCUUCUUCGAGUACGACAUUUGCUCCUCCGACAUAAUGGUGGACUUCCUCAAUUUUGAAAACCGCGGUACCGCCACAUUGAGAAUCUCUUGGAAAAAACUGGAAAAAUUCCGACUGUUCCGAAACUUCACGAACGAACCCUGGGAACAGCACGGAUUUUACUUCAGCAGACAGGAGUUGGUACUGCUGCCUGGAACUAGAGUUAAUCUUCCCUUCUGGUUCAAAACUAGAAAUGCUGGAAACUAUUCGGAGAGCUGGGAGUUGGUUACCGCUCCUAGAAUGUGGAGUGAAGACUAUCAAGUGAUAUUGGUGCUGGAGAGUUACGCGUACUUCAAAAAUCUCCAAAAGGAGGUGGAUUUGAUUGUCAAGUAUAUAGACAUGGAGGCGAAAAAUAUCGUCAUGAAAGAUAUCUUAGACGAGUUGUUGGAGAGUGUAAAGUACACGGAAACGCCAACUGUGACGUGCUAUUAUGGAGAACCGCACUUGUUCGAAAUUGCUAAUUUAGUCAACGGGCGACCUUUAUUUCUGUUCAACGAAAAAAUGGUCGAAGAGUUGAAGCUCAUUUAUGACAGUGUGAAGAUUGACGAUUGCACUUGUGGUUGGAAUUAUUCCAUCAAGCAGCUGCAGAUGUUGACCCAUGAGAAAGACGUGACGAUGUACGGCGAGAAAAUCCUGUCUGCUAUAUUAGACAAGCUACUAAGAAUAGAAAAGGAACUAAAAGAGAAGCCUGCGGGUGCGACUAAGCAGUCGAAGGAAGACAAGAAAGGCAGCAAGUCGUCAAAGAGCAGUAAGUCAAAAAAGGGCAAAAAGGCGAAAAAAAGCGAGUCGUCUGAAAAAGAGCCUGAAAUAACAGAAACCAAAGAACUUAGACCUGAACAGCCAUACGAAUACUCGAAUCAAUUACAACUUCAAAACACGUUGCGAAAAUUCGACUCCCCCGUCAUUAUUAACACGGACCGGGAAAAAUUCGCCGCUUGUUUCCACGUACUGGGCGCCUACUUUAACAAAAUGUGUCACGAGUUGAGUGAUCUCGAAAUCCGCAAAAAUAUUCCAAAAACGAGUUUUUAUCCAGCUGCAAAAAAUAAACUAGUUCAUUUAAGUGCGUACCCGGAGCGCAAGGUCUACGAAUACUUCGAGCACAACUACGUUCCUGCUCACGAGUAUGACGACUAUUACCCGUUUGAAACGAAUAAGAAACCGAAGAAGUUGAGAGAUAUCCCGAGCGAGGACGUGGAAGCUACUUACGUCGCUUAUUUCAACAAGCCGCUGCCGAAAAAGGGCGACAAAGAGGAUAAAACGAAGAAGAAAGGUGACAAAGGUAAAAAGAAGAAAAAAGACGACAAAAAGUCUAAAUCUAGUAAAAAAAGCUCGAUACCCUCCGGGAAGAAGGGCAAACAGUCUAAAGAAAAAUUGGUCAGGAAGGAAGUGUCCAUCGUGAGUUUUAACCCAUAUGCUGAGGAUUUUCAAUAUGUUGCGGAGAAUGAACCGGAGGAGGAGUUCAAACCAGGUGAAGAUGUGGUUCUGUUGAAGGCAGAAGAGGAAGAUUACCAGUAUAAUCAGUACCUUAUAGUUUACUCGUGUUUGGGGCAUGCGGUAGAUGCUCUUGUCGACACCUUAGAAUCUUUCGAGUGCGUGGUACCGUAUCCUACCAUAGAUGUUAUCCAAUCCCAGUUUCCACACGACGGUCCAGAACCGGUCAAAAAAACAGAAACAGAAUCUUGUGGUGGCGAACCACCAAAGAUUGAAGAUCUUGUAGAACGAAAAGAAGUCAAAUAA